GGGGUUCACGUCACCUCUCUCGCCGAGGAUGUAACCUUCGAACGCCCCCACCCACAGGCCUCCCCCCGCCGUCGCUACUUGGUACACUCCAACCUCUGAACCGCUCUCGCAGCAGAGAAGGGAGCCCCAUCAGCGAGACCUGUGGAGCGGGGAGGGGCCGCCAUUGCGCGCCACUUUGAGCCUCUCCGGGAACCGCGCCGGCGCCGGACGAGAAGGGGGCGAGGCGAGGGCGGGAGGGGGGCGGUGGGCGUCGCUGCGCCUGCGCGGCGGGAAGCCUCGCAGAAAGCGCUCACUCCCCGAGUCCCCACCAGCUUGGUGGGCAGCGACACCCCGGGUUCCGCCGCAGUUCUGGAACCGAGCGCCGCUCCGGGUGACGCCGCACUGCCGGGGGCGUGUCUCUGCCCCGCGCCUCCCGCCCUCGCCCCGUGAGCCUCUCUGACCCCUCCUUUCCGGAGUCCCGCGUCUCGGCCGCCGCUCCCAGCCCACCCAGGAUAAUGGCGACAGCUGAGGUACUGAACAUUGGUAAAAAGCUCUAUGAGGGUAAAACAAAAGAAGUCUAUGAAUUGUUAGACAGUCCAGGAAAAGUGCUCCUGCAGUCCAAGGACCAGAUUACAGCAGGAAAUGCAGCCAGAAAGAAUCACCUGGAAGGAAAAGCUGCAAUCUCAAAUAAAAUUACUAGUUGUAUUUUUCAGUUGUUACAGGAAGCAGGUAUCAAAACUGCUUUCACCAGAAAAUGUGGGGAGACCGCUUUCAUUGCACCUAAGUGUGAAAUGAUUCCAAUUGAAUGGGUUUGUAGAAGAAUAGCAACUGGUUCUUUUCUCAAAAGAAAUCCUGGUGUCAAAGAAGGGUACAAAUUUUACCCUCCUAAAGUGGAGAUGUUUUUUAAGGAUGAUGCCAAUAAUGAUCCACAGUGGUCUGAGGAACAACUCAUUGCUGCAAAAUUUUGCUUUGCUGGACUUGUUAUAGGCCAGACUGAAGUGGAUAUCAUGAAUCAUGCUACACAGGCUAUUUUUGAAAUACUGGAGAAAUCCUGGUUGCCCCAGGACUGUACACUGGUUGAUAUGAAGAUUGAAUUUGGUGUUGAUGUCACCACCAAAGAAAUUGUUCUUGCUGAUGUUAUUGAUAAUGAUUCCUGGAGACUCUGGCCAUCAGGAGAUCGAAGCCAACAGAAAGACAAACAGUCAUAUCGUGACCUCAAGGAAGUAACUCCUGAAGGGCUCCAGAUGGUAAAGAAAAAUUUUGAGUGGGUUGCUGAAAGAGUAGAGUUGCUUCUGAAAUCAAAAAAUCAGUGCAGGGUUGUAGUAUUAAUGGGCUCAACUUCUGAUCUUGGUCACUGUGAAAAAAUCAAGAAGGCUUGUGGCUAUUUUGGCAUUCCAUGUGAACUUCGGGUGACCUCUGCCCAUAAAGGACCAGAUGAAACGCUGAGGAUUAAAGCUGAGUACGAAGGGGAUGGCAUUCCUACAGUCUUUGUGGCAGUGGCAGGCAGAAGCAAUGGUUUAGGACCAGUGAUGUCUGGUAACACUGCAUACCCAGUUAUCAGCUGUCCUCCCCUCACUGCAGACUGGGGCGCUCAGGAUGUGUGGUCUUCUCUUCGACUACCCAGUGGUCUUGGCUGUUCAACCAUACUUUCUCCAGAAGGAUCAGCUCAGUUUGCUGCUCAGAUAUUUGGAUUAAACAACCAUUUGGUGUGGGCCAAACUGCGAGCAAGUAUAUUGAAUACAUGGAUUUCCUUGAAGCAGGCUGACAAGAAAAUACGAGAGGGCAAUUUAUAAGAAAAGAACAUCGUUGCAUUUUUUUAGGAGAAAAACUAUAACUUUCUAGUUUAUAGAAAUUAUAGAAAAAACUAUAGCAAAAUUAUAGAAAAAACUAAUUUUUUUUCCUGCAGAAAAAAAAAUCAGGCAAGAUGAAAAGAUUUUAAAUCAGAGAAAACGAAACUUAUUAGUGAAUAAUUGCUUCUCUAGAUUCAUGGAUUAGUAGAAUAUAUGUACAUAUCUAAAGACAUUUUAAAAUUAACCUCUUUCCCACUGUACGGUCAUUGCUAGGUAGGUAACAAUCAAAUAAAUUUCUUAAAUUCUAAUCAUGUCCUAUUAUAGAGCUCUGAAGUUACUACUUAUAUCUCCACCCAUAAGUUCUAGACAGUUAAAGUGGCUUUAUUAAGAACAGCUGAUAAAGAGCAAUACCGUUCUCUUCCUCAAUUUGAUCUUUACAAAAUUCUAAGGACAUGGUUUUUUAUUUGCAGUCAGUAUCUCAGAAAAUGGUGUGUAUCUUUAGCUAUUGAUAGACAUGUUUUGUUUUCAUUUUGUUUUGUUUUUUUUUCCUGAAGAAAAGUUGAGAUUGAUGGGGAAGGGAGGGAAGACACAAAAUAAGAUGAAGAGGCAAUGUGAAAGCCAUGGAAAGGGAACUUUUCUGAGAACUUCUGAUGGGUGUCAGAGCAAUUUGCCAUGGAAAAAAAGUAGAGCCACCUUUGCCUUCAAAUGAAAGACUUAGUGAAUCUUACUUGGCUAUGGUGGGAAUCUAUGUGGGUCAUAAAAUUCUUUUAAUUCUGAUAAAACGUAUUUGAGCCACACUAAUAAUCCCCAGUGUACCAUCAUUUUCAAAAAUUGGAAUCUCCCAGGUGAUAACCAUAACUAGUUUAUUUCUUAUAACAGAAUAAAUCUGAACAGUGUACCCAGCAAGUUGUUACUGAGAGGUAUUAUAGUUCACCAUCAAUCUAUAAACCAUAUAGAUUGGGACUCUUUUGUUAUGCAGCCAUGAGGAUUUUAUAGGUCACUAAACUUUCAUCCAAGUGUCCAUGAAACCCCUUACACUUGGUAUGACUCUUACCAAUGACCUACACAGUCUGCACUGUUUGCCUCUCAAACAUUAACGAAGUGGCAUUUCUUACACGACUCUCACCUAAUCUCUGGUGGAGUGUGUUUAACUUACCACUCCUUUCCUGGGGUAGACAACAAUAUAUCCCAACAUCUCUUGAUCAUUUCUCUAUUACUCUUUCCUCUUAAGUAUUGAUGUUUCCUACUAUUGAGACUUUCCCUUGUUCACAAAUAAUGAUUGGAUCAUCUUCACUGCUCCAGCUAAAACUAGCAUCCAUUGACUUCCAGCUAUGUCUGUAAACUUGUAUAUUCAACUGUCCAUCUCUCCCUGUCUGAAUGCUCCAAACUUAAUUCAUCUUCCACCAACCUUGUAACUGGCUGCACUCAUUCUCCCAAAUCAGAAGCUUGAUUUCAUCCUCAAUGUUUUUCUUGACUUUUCACAUCUAACUCAUCACCAAAUAUUGGAUUUACCCUGUUUACCCAUUCUCUGUGCAAAAGCCGCAAGAACGGGUCAAAUUCUACACAUGGUGUGACCUAGAAGGACUUCCUUCUCAACCCAACCUUUUUGAAGUUUGUCCAAGAACUUACAACAUACCUUAAAUCCCUUUUGCAACAUUGACUCCUUUGAAAAUAUGCUUUUUACCCUCCAGAAAAGUAUACACACUGAAGUUAUCAACCGAUCCCACUGAUGGUGCAGUUCUCUUGAAGUCUACACAAGGACUGUAGGUUAAGUAGGGAACUUAAUUGCUCUCAAUUAUUGUACUAUCUCUUUUUGGUAUCUUUACUUCUUAGAAUGUCCUCAUUUCUGUCAUUAAAGCUAUUCAUUAGUUAAUAGAACUUUAUUUUUACUAACUCCACAAAACAUUCCUUAAUGACCGCUAGCUCCAGUAGCCACAAGUAGUUCUUUCUCUGUUGGAUUGUAAACUUCAAAGGAGAAAAUACAGUUUUACACUUCGUUUACCUUAAA